CUUAGCAGAGACUGAGAGAAGAUGGGAAUUACAGGUUAGCAAUACCAGGAAAAAAGGAGAGAAAUGGGUAAUUACAGGUUCAGAUUUUCAGAUAUGAUGCCAAAUGCCUGGUUUUACAAGCUUAAAGAUAUGAACAGAGCCAGAAAAAAGCAUUACAAUUCUACCAAGAAAAAACACCCUUCUUCAUCUUCUUCAACCUCUCUUAAACCUCAAAAAUCAUCUCAACCACCCGCAUACUCUCACUACUUCAACACUGCAAAACCUGAUUACAGCUUUUACAAUCAUCCCAGGGCCUCACUCCAUCACUUCCAUGAUCCACCCAGAAGAUCUUCAAAGAAAAGAACCCAGAGAAAAACUAUUUACAAGCCUUCUCCUAAGCUUGUGCCCUCUUCUGCUGUCUCUUCUAAUGGCUGUCAAGUUAGUCUUAACUCAGUCUUGGUUGAGUCCAGUUCAACUCAAGAUUCUUCUGAUUAUUCACUUUCUCCUCUUGAAACUUCUCCUGAACCUCAUCGGCUACCUGAAUCUCUUUUGUCAGACUCUGAUGAAGACGAAAACAACUUUGCUCUUCCACAGUCUUUUGAUCAACUUGCAUCCUCCUGGUCAAGUUCUUGUAAUUGUAAAGUCAGCUCUUCGAAUACUGAUAUCAUCAUCGACAUGAACAACGAUUCCUGCAACAAGAAAUUAUUCGAGAAAGAUGGUUUGGAACCCAUUUAUGAGAUUGAACUUCCCCCAGUAGUGACAAAACCAGCAAAAAUGAACGGCAGAAAAUCUCCCAAAUGGAAUUCUCCUGGCAGAAAAUCACCCAUCAACACCAAUGGAAUCAGGCUUCGAGCAAAUUCUCCAAGAAUCGCCAACAAGAAGAUUCAAGCCUGUGCUAGGAGAAGUGUUUCGUCAUCAAACACUUGCUUCAAUUCCAAGAACAAGACCAUAUCAGAUAGCUUUGCAGUGGAGAAAUCCUCUGUGGAUCCUCAGAGAGACUUCAGGGAAUCAAUGGUGGAAAUGAUUGUGGGUAACAAUAUCAGGACAUCAAAGGAUUUGGAAGACCUUCUUGCCUGUUACCUUUCACUGAAUUCAACUGAAUAUCAUGAUCUUAUAGUCAAGGCAUUCGAACAAAUCUGGUUUGAUAUGACUAACUUACGCUUGUAAAGUUGUUCAAGUAAUUAGAUUAUCAAAAUGCAUAUAUAAUAUCUACUGUACAUAUACUUAUAAUCCUUAUUCUUAGCCUCUUUUCCUCAA